ACUUGACUUUGACUUUCAAGUUCAUGGGCAACUUUAUACCUAAGUUGCUUCCACAAUGUCUAGCGUACUCUCGAUAAUCUCUCCUCUUACGCCGCACGACGGUACGUGUGGCUACUGCGGUCCCCCUGGCCAGCGCAGCGUCGCGAGGACGAACUGUCAUGCAGCUGAACUUCAGCCAACUCAGCUUUCCUGCAUGACUUACCAACAAAUGAUUGACCGUGGCUGGAGGCGGUCUGGUACAUAUUGUUAUAAGCCGGACCUCAAACGAUCAUGUUGCCCGCAGUACACGAUCAAGCUGGAUGCUCUACAGUACAAGCCUUCUAAGAGCCAGCGUAAAUUGGUGAACCGCUUCAACCGUUUCGUUUUGCAGGGGGAUGGCGAUGAUUCGAUGGAGGUUGAUUCUCCCGGAGCAAAGACAGCUCACCGUGGUACCCAACCUCAGAAGGGUAAGACCAAGAAACAGGCUGAAUUCUCUCUCAAGACUGCACUGCACGCGUCCGAGGUGGCUUUUCUACAAGAUGAAGAUGCGAAACAUAAAUUUGAGGUCACCCUAGAACCUUCUUCGUAUACAGAAGAGAAAUUCAAUCUCUAUCAAUCGUAUCAGAAAGAGAUACAUCACGAAAACGAGAAGAAGAAGCCAAAAGGCUUUAUCGGAUUUCUUGUUGAAUCGCCAUUGGUCCGUGAACCAAUUCCUUACCCUAGUGAUAGGCCAGCGCAUUUACCCGAAGAGUAUGGUUCCUAUCACCAGCUCUACAGAUUAGACGGUGAAUUGAUCGGUAUGGGUAUCAUCGAUAUCCUUCCGCAUUGUGUAUCGAGCGUAUAUUUCAUGUAUAACAAGAAGUGGGAACACUUCUCGCUUGGCAAGCUAAGUGCACUUCGAGAAGUUACGCUGGCAAAGGAGAUACAUGAUGCAGGUGCCCCUGACAUGCAAUUCCUGUACAUGGGGUUCUAUAUCCAUACAUGCCAAAAGAUGCGCUACAAAGGCGACUACUCCCCUUCAUACCUUGCCGACCCGGAAGACUACACUUGGCAUCCGCUGGAGAAGUGCAGGCCAUUGCUAGACAAGUACAGAUUUGCCUGCUUCUCGCACCCAGAACAUUCAAUUGCUGGAAUUUAUGAAGGGUCUUCCCCAGAUCCCGACAUCCCCUUAGCUGAUCUGCAAGAAAUUCAGUUGCUGGACUCUGUGAGGGAUGAGAUGGCUAUAGUCAAACCUAUUACCUCCUCUUCUGAAUGGAGUCGACCAGCAGUUCGACGCGCUGUCAAGACUGUUGUUCAUGGCUUAGGUCUACCGCUCGCGAAGGAAGUCAUUUUCUACCUCGCGUAUGUGUUGUAGUCUACACUAUGGGCUUCUGGUCAUCUCUUAGAGAUAUAGUGAUGUCUUUUCGCAAAUAUGUAUCAAUAUGUACUAUUGUAGAGUAGAAUCUCGUUCGCUUCAACUGUCUUCAAACUU